GUUUCCCCUUGCUAGUUGGCGGGAAAUCACAUGUGUGGUUUGUGUUAGGUCGUUGAAGUGGAACCUCCAAUCCUCCUGAUAGUUGAACGUUUCCCAUUUCGACAAGGUCAUGAUUCCAUGAGCCCUGCUCCAUCUAUAGAUGGUAUCCACAGUUGGACAUAUUCCAAUCCGACGGAUGUCACUUUAUUAGUAUGAGAAUGUUUAGAUCAGAUGCAAGCAGAUCUGAUCUACGAGGCUACGACGCCAAUUCCUUUCUUAUAUCGGAUCGGGCCAGUCGGUGGGCGGGAUCACGUGGGAGCGGCGAAGGGGCGGAGGUUAUUUUGAACGGCAGGAGGGCAACAGAGCUGAUGUGGGCAGAGCGACUCAUGUUUACCUGAUUGUCCGUCUCGCAGAGUCUCCGGAUCAAUUAGCAGACAGACCUGUCUCGUCGAAGAAUGGCCGCGCCAAGGCCACGACCUUCUCGUUCUCGAUCGGCCUCCCUGCGGGGCUUCGUUGAUCAAUUAUCCGAGUCGGAGAAGAUGGAGGGUGCUGGGAAUUGGGACGUUCUCGAAUGGACUAAGAUCGAGCCGGUUUCGAGGUCCGUGCCAUAUGGUAUCAAGGAGUUCCUGUUGGAAGCGGAGGAAAUUGCAGCGAUUGGCCAGGGUGUUGUUCUUGUAAAUACUGAUGAGGCGGGCACCUUAUUUGUGACCAAUUUUCGCCUUCUUUUUGUGAGUGAAGGAACUAGAAAAAUUAUUGCGCUUGGUACAAUACCAUUGGCAACAAUUGAGAAGUUCAGCAAACAAGUUCCAAAGAAUCCCUCUGGCCCUCGUCAAUCUGACAAGACUCCAUCACGUCGACUUCUUCAGGUUGUUGGUAAAGAUAUGAGAAUAAUUGUCUUUGGAUUUCGUCCUCGAACAAAACAGAGGCGUUCUGUUGUUGCUGCAUUAUCAAGGUGUACAAGGCCAGCACGAUUGUGGGAUCUUUAUGCCUUCACUUGUGCACCUUCCAAAUUUAAAGGUACCAACCCAAGGAUAAGGUUAUUGAGCGAGUAUUUUCGGCUUCUUGGAAAAGGAUCCUAUCAUGCAUCAAGUCGUACAAUUGAAGAUAGAACUUUUUGUCUGUCCAAUGAAUGGUGGAGAGUAAGUGGGGUGAACUCCAACUACACAAUGUGUCCAACAUAUCCAUUCUCCUUUAUUGUCCCUAAGAGUAUCAGUGAUGAAGAAGUGCUGCAGGCUUCUACUUUUCGUGCAAGGUGUCGGUUGCCUGUAAUUUCGUGGUGUCAUCCAGGAACUGGUGCUGUUCUUGCACGUUCUUCUCAACCUUUAGUUGGUCUCAUGAUGAAUACGAGGAGCAAUGCUGAUGAAAAGCUUGUCGCUGCACUUUGCACUCAGACAGCUGGUGGGAGGGGACCACGGAGGAAGCUCUAUAUUGCUGAUGCAAGACCAAGAAAAAAUGCUUUAGCAAAUGGUGCAAUGGGAGGUGGUUCUGAGUCAUCUUCUAAUUAUUUUCAAUCUGAGAUUGUUUUCUUUGGAAUAGACAAUAUCCAUGCCAUGAGGGAUAGUUUUGCUCGACUCAGGGACUACGUAGAUACUCAUGGUGCCACUUCUUCAGAUGGAAUGUCAUCAUUCUUGAGAAAUGGUGGAUGGACCUGGGGUGGGGGCAAUCUGAGCAGUAUGUCAGCUUCUGUUUCCACUCUAGGAGACAGUGGGUGGCUAAUACAUGUUCAAAGUGUUCUAGCUGGUUCUGCCUGGAUUGCUGCACGUGUUGCUUUGGAGUCAUCCUCAGUUCUUGUGCAUUGCAGUGAUGGAUGGGAUAGAACAACUCAGUUAGUCUCACUUGCUAGUUUGCUGCUUGAUCCUUACUACCGGACAUUUAAUGGGUUUCAGGCACUAGUGGAAAAGGAUUGGCUUGCAUUUGGUCAUCCAUUUUCAGAUCGUAUGGGAAUGCCAACAAUAUCUGGAAAUAGUAACGCAACUCCAGAACUAUCACGACAAUCUUCAAGUGGGAAUAUUUCAACCUCACCCAUGCGUUCAUCAAGUUCAACACCAGCUAGUGGUUCAUCACAUGCACAAACUUCAAACAACUGUUCUCCCAUAUUCUUGCAGUGGGUUGAUUGUGUUUCACAGUUGCUUCGGAUGUAUCCUUUUGCUUUUGAGUUUUCCUCGGCGUUCUUGGUUGAUUUCUUGGAUUGCAUGCUUUCCUGUCGUUUUGGAAACUUCUUAUGCAAUAGUGAAAAGGAGAGGCACCAAGCCAGUGUUUCUGAUGCUUGUGGGUGCUUAUGGGUGUACCUGGCUGAGUUGCGUGUUUCUGAGGGAAGUUUUCAUGUACAUUAUAACCUCUUCUAUGAUCCAUUGAAACACGAUGGUUCACUAUUACCUCCAGCUGCUGCACUGGCUCCAACAUUGUGGCCCCAAUUCCAUCUUCGCUGGGCCUGUCCGUCAGAAGCACAAGCAGGAGAGCUUGAAGCUCAAUGUCGGAGCAUGGCUAAAAGAUACUCUGAAAUGAAGAAGACAAAAGAAGUAGCAGAAAGGAAGGCUAAAGACAUUACAGCUAGUAUGGAAUCCUUAACUGCUGAACUACAAAAAGAGAAGCAGCUAAGCUGUGCAGCUAUGGACUUGUCUAAGAGGGCCUCCAGGGAGAAUGCAGCCAUAAAGCGGGCAAUACAGUCGCUAGGAUGCAAGAUUAACUUCUCAAGCAAUAGUGACUAUGCCUUGGAAAUUGGAAGCACUCCAGAUGAAAUACAGCAGAAAUUUUCGUCUUCCCCUUCAAGGAGAGACCCAGACGGUAAUUGGCAGGGGGAAGAGAAAUCAGAUCUCUCUGUCUCUAUUUCUCUUUUGGCAGAUGAUGCUAUUUCCAACAACCCAAUCAGUCGAGCAUGCGGAACACAGUGCCCAUUACGCACCAGAGAAGGUGGUUGCAAGUGGCCAGAUGGCUGUUGUGCGCAACUUGGGAGCCAAUUUGUUGGAUUAAAAGCAAAUUUUGAUGCAUUUGAUCGGCUUUCUAUUUAUGACUGCUAUUUUGGGUCAGAAUAGGUGGCUGUCCCAAAUUCUUGACUGGAUCUAUUCCAGAGUCUAACCAAGCUCCUCACUCUGGAGACAAAUUCCUUGCAGCCAUAUCCAACUUAGGAUUUUUUUUUGAGGAAUCAAAUGGAGUUCAGAGUUCAAUAUUUAUGGAUGUGCUGCAGUUUUCCUACUAAUUUUUAUAUAGGGUGGAGAAUGAGCAGAAACUUAAUUGUAUCAUAAAAUUUUUGAAGAAAAUAAUCACCUGAGAUGGAUCAAGGCAUUCAGGAAGGGUAUCUAUCACCUUGUGUACAGAUAGAACGUAGAGCUAAUUGUAGACCACCAACCAAUAUGCGCACUAAAGCUGAGGGCCAUUUUAUAAUGGUUGAGCCACUGUUCCAUGCUCAACUACAUUAUUGUUCCAGAAUUAUUUUUGGAUCUUCAUUCAUUGUGUUCAGCCCAGGGCUAAUUGUGGAUCCCAUCUUUUAUUGAUACAACUGAUUUGUGUAUAUAGAAUCUAAAUGUGCCAAUUAUUUUAUUUGUACAGACAAUUUUGUUCAAACCUUUUGGCCUGAACGCUUCCUUGUCUCAUUGAGCAUAGUUUUAAUCAUCAUUGUUGUAGCCAUUUUGAGUUGAUGCAUCAUGUUUAAUAACUCAACUAUUGCUCGAGUCGUGUCAAACUGGUGACUGUCAUGGAAAGUUGAUCUUACCCAUCUAUAUUUGUAUCUCUUGUUGUUGUACUGCAUGAAAACACCCCAGUUUAGCAGACAAGGUCUCUUUAUGUAACAUUUGCAGAUUUCCUCA